AAACGUAAACACCGUCCAUCUCGUCAAGUUCAACAAGUUCUCGGACAGGGUAAUAUCGCCUAUAUCGACGGGAGACAUGACGAUGCCAUUCGACUUUUCCUCGAGGUCAUAAGACAUGAUCCUCACGUUUUCAGCGCUUGGACAUCCCUCGCUAGUUGUUAUGAUGAACUUGGGGAUGAAGAAGCGGCUAGACAAAUGAGGUUCUUUGCUGCUCAUGUAGAGAAUGAAGCGGAAACGUGGAGGGAGCUUGCUGCGCAGUUUAAGGAACGCGAUCAAAUCCCUCAAUGUCUAUAUUGUCUCAGAAAAGCAUUGCAAGUCGACCCGGACGAUGUAGGAAGUUUAUGGGAGAUCUCAGCAUUGUAUCGUGAGCAGAACAAGAUAAGCAAAGCUGUCGAAGCGUUCAAGAAGAUCCUAAAAACACAUUCACCCACAACGUACAAUUUCGAUCUACUCAUGGAAUUCUUUCCACUCUUCACUGAGACCACUCAUCACGAUAUCGGGGCCCAGGCUUUCCGACGAGCUUUUGAAUGGCACUAUGAUCAUUUCAAUGGUCCAGAAGAAGUGUACUCCGACUUGGCCAAUACGAUGCGAUUAGAACAUGUCAUCGCCGUUGGUGAUCUUCUUAUGUUAGGUGAUCAACUCGAGGAAGCUUUACUGGUCAUUCGACGUGGACAACGUUGGCUUCAGAACAGAAAAGAUGAACGUCAAUUCGACGCAUUGGAUGAUGAUAGAGAAUAUGACCCGCCUGGUGUUCAACGUCUGACAGAAUCCGGUGAACAGGCAGAAGAUCUGGGGACGCAUCCGUUGGAUGUAAACCUCCGACAGCGACUGGCUCUGCUUCGGUUGAGAUUGGGUGAUGAUGACGAAGCUAUGUUACAUGUUGAUCAUAUCCUCGAAUGGGACGUCGAAUUGAAUCAAACUUUGUUCAUGGAAUUGGGUGAAGCUCUUCUCAAACGAGAAAUGUGGGAGAAGGCAUUGGAGGUAUUGGCCGAGCUUCAAAGUAAUGACAAUAUUCCUGAUAGUCCCGCCCUCAUAUACGCCCUCGGCCAGUGUUAUUACCGUCUUCAAGACCAUGCUGCGGCUGAAGAAGCACUUCGAUGGGUGCUGCGGGGUCGUAUCACCCGGGGAGAAGUUAGGACAGGUCGUGGUCCAUCCAAAGGUGAUCGCAGUGCCGAGGGUAUGUUCACGAGACGUAUGCUGGAGGAAGAGAUGCAUUCGUUGAUGCAAUCGCUGUGGAAAGACGUACAAGCGGCAGAGGAAGGGAUUGCCAACGGUGAAGUCGGGGCUUUGGAUAAAUUCGUCUAUGCGGCGGAGACGAUGGUUGAGAACUUUCGAGUGGCACGGAAUAAUUUUGGUAAGAACAGAGGGGUUGUGAGGGUACGCAAAUAUCCCAAGCAACGGAAGAAUGAUCUUACUACUCAAGCGCAAGAGCUGCAAGAGCGUCUGGAGAGGGAGAUGGGUCGUGAGUUCAUAACAUACAGUUCCGCAUAUGUCAUACUUCGUUCCACUGACCUGUAUGGUCUAGGAUAUGAAGAAUGGCUGGCUUUGGUCAUCAAAUACUGUUGCGUUCUAAUGGUCAAAAGUGAAGAAGAAUUCGCUUUGGACAUUCUUGAACAUGUCGUUUGGUCUGGCGUAUUCAACAAUCGACGUUGCGAGAUCGCCCUUCGAUUAACAACAGUAGCCGCUGCCAUGCGUGCCAAAGCUUACGAUAAAAUAUAUGAUAAUUGUAAACGUCUCGCUCAAUUACAUCAAUUCCGUAUCGAACCUUUACAACUCAUGUUAGCAUGUCUUGGUGGGAAAGGACUUCGUGCUGCUGUGGUUUGGCAAGGAUCAAUAUUACAACGAUUCGUACAUAGAGAAUUAAGGAUUUGGGAUGAUGCCGCUCAUGGAUUAAGGUUACAUUAUAAUCCAAUUUGGGGUAGAUGGGCUCAAAGUGUUAAAAAUGGUUAUUCAAGAUUACAAUGGCAAGAUGUUGAUAAUGUUGAAGAAGUAGAAGUAGAGGAAGAAGAAGGGGGAGGGGAAAGAAAUGAAGAUAUAGAGAUGGAGGAAGAACUUGUUGAAGUUGAAAAAGAUCAAGAAGAAAUGGAUUUGGAAUUUGAUGGUGAAGGUUUAUUAGGGAAUGAACAACCUCAAGAAGAAGUUCCAAGACCUACAAAACCUUCUCCUGGUCUAAAUGUUUUAUAUGGUCAACAUAUGCUUUCUGCAAAAAGUUAUCAAAGUGCUCUUUAUUAUUUUAUGAGAGCAUACCAAGUUGAUCAAUAUAAUCCUUUUAUUUGUUUACUUAUCGCUCAAGCUUUCUUUGGUAGAUCAAUGAAUCGUCAAUCGGAUAAUAGGAAUUUUCAAAUGGCUCAAGGAUUAGCAUUCCUCACUAAAUAUCGUGAAUUAAGUCUUAAAGAUCCAAUUUCACAAGAAGAAGUCGAAUAUAAUUUCGGUAGAGCUUUUCAUGGUAUCGGUAUCCCACAUCUUGCUAUAGUUCAUUAUGAACGUGUAUUAGAUUCUAUCAAAAAACGAAUGGAACAAUCUGAUGAUCCAGAGGGAAUCAGAAAAGAUUCUUUCGCAAUGGAAUCCGCACAUAAUUUAAUGUUGUUGUAUACUUCUUCUGGAAAUAUAAAGUUGGUCAAGGAUAAAUCGAUUUGGAUGGCUAUUUGA